AUGUCUUCCUCCCCACCCCCGACCAUCGAGUCGGUAUCGAAUUCGAACAUGCAGGCCAUUUGGGAACAAGACGCUGACCUUGCCGUCUGCACAACCUGUGGCAACCAGUAUUCAUCCCACGAGGGCCCAGACGAAUGUCCUAUUUGCUAUGAUGACCGACAGUUUCCUUGUCCAACCGGCCAAGCCUACACGUCGCAGCGACAACUCGUUCCUAAGACAAAGUUUGAGCUUGCACCAGAAGCGUCAGACCCUCGGAUCAUUCGGAUCAAGCUCGAUCCUCCCGUAGGCAUCGGUCAAACCCCCAUCCUCCUCCUCACCAAGGCUGGCGUAGUCAUCUGGGACUGUUGCGGCUUUGCAUCCGUCGAGCUCAUGCAGAGUAUUUGCUCGAUCAGUCCCACCGGAAAAGUCGCGGGAAUCCUGAUCAGCCACCCACACUUCUAUGGCUGCUCCUUGUCCUGGGCCAAGAUGCUCAACUGCAACGUCUUUAUCUCUAAGCUCGACCGCGAAUGGUAUCAACGAGGCCUGCAUCCUGCAUCUGCACACCAGGACGUCUCUGCGCGCCAGCAGCACGUUGUAGAAGUCGAAAGCGACCUCUUUUCGCUUCCACAUCUUUCAUCUAUCACCUUCAUCCGAUGCGGCGGCCAUUUCCCCGGCUCCAGUUGCCUCUACUGGGACCGCGACGCAGAAGUCUCCCGGGAACAAGCUCCCAAGGGUGCUGCUGUCUUCUGUGCAGACACGUUCAUGGUGAUGCUUGACCGCAAAAGGUUCAGUUUCGCCUACAGCUUUCCAAACGUCAUCCCACUACCUCCACGCGACGUCGAACAGAUCUGGCUUCAGAUGCGAAACUUUGACUGGUCGGCCACUUUCGGUGGCUGGUCGGGCCGUCAAGUGCUAUCCGACUCCCGAUCUGCGCUUCUGCGCUCUGCUCGCUACUACAUUGAGAAGGAAGGUCACUCUCCAGACGAUUUUGAGGGGCUCAGGCAAGAUGCAGCUUGA